AUGAUGAACUUGCUGAAAUACUUCAACACUACUGCCAGUACUACUGCUGUAUCAAAAACAACCAUUCAUUCUUCUACCUUCACGUUGAAUACUAGUGAUUUAGGUGCUGCAAAAUCUACUGCUACCAAAGACAUCAUGCCAUAUUUAUCACCAAAUGAUUCAAUACCAUCAAAACCCACAACUACCACAACCACUGCCGAGACUAUAUCUUUCAAUGACAUACCAAAGCGAGCCCACACCCCAACUAGCGCAACCUCGGCGUUUUUCACAUUUGACGCAACAUUGAAUGAACUAUAUCCAAAUCUACCCGCCAACUAUAAACUAAUAAGCAUCCUUGGUGAAGGUGCAUUUUCCACCGUUUACAAGGCACUCGACAUCAGACUCAAUCGGCCAGUUGCCAUCAAGAUUAUAAGUAAAGGGCAUCUCACAUCGAAACAAUUUCUCAAUAUCAAGAACGAAAUCAAGAUUAUGAAGCGCAUCCACCAUCCAAAUGUGUUACAAUUGUAUGAUUCGUUUGAUACACCCGAACAUUGUUUCUUAAUAUUGGAGUAUUGCAAUGGAGGAGAAAUUUUCAACAAGAUUAUAGAGUAUACGUAUUUUUCAGAACCAUUGUCGAGACAUGUUUUCAAGCAACUUUUAUCAGCAAUUGACAAUCUUCACAAGUUGAAUAUCGUACACCGUGACAUUAAGCCGGAAAACUUGUUGUUUAAAAAGAUUCCCUUUUUCCCACGAUCAGUUGAAGAAUUUGAAAAAACUGCUCGUGCAUCAGAUGAUGAUUGUAAAGUGGAUGAAGGAGAAUUCAAGUUGAAUGUGGGUGGCGGAACCAUUGGAGUUAUCAAAUUGGCUGACUUUGGUUUGGCUAAACAAUUGAUUGACGAAGAUGACAAUACUAGAGUGGCAAUGAAGACACCAUGUGGUACUGCUGGAUAUACUGCACCAGAGGUUAUUACAUGCAAUACCAAGAAUGAAGGAGGAUUCUACAUGAAAAAGACAACGAGGAAUAACCAGUAUUCAAAAGCGGUUGAUAUCUGGUCAUUGGGAUGUUUUUUGUACACUAUACUCUGUGGGUUCCCACCAUUUUAUGAUGAUGAUGCAAAUGAUGUAACGAUUAAGAUUCUUCGUGGAGAAUAUGUCUUUUUACAACCAUGGUGGGAUGAAAUCAGCGCCGACGCCAAAGAUUUGAUCUCAAAGAUGUUGGAGGUGAAUCCUGAAAAGAGAAUCACUAUUGAGGAGAUUUGGAAACAUCCAUGGGUCACGGACGGUGCUGCCAAUUUGGGUAUGACUGAAAAUGGCAACUUGGUGGAGCCUAGUCAUUAUUUUGCAACAAAUUAUGAAGUUGAUCAUGUUGAGGAUAUUGAUAAUGAUGAAUUGACUAUUCCAAUGUCUAAUCAGCCGGUGUUGUCUCCUAGAGCACGGGCAAUCAAAACUGUGUUUGACAAUAAGGCCAUGCUUGGAAGUUUCAACAAUGUGUCGACUCAAUUUAUAGAGAAUAUCGACGAGGAAGACGAAGACGAAGACGAUGAGGAAGAUGAUGAGGAAGAUGAUGAAGUUGACGACGAUGACGAUGACGAUGACGAUGACGAUGACGAUGACGAGGAAAUUGAAACGCCUAAAAUUCGUCACAAGACCAAGGAUCAUGUCCCUACACCCAUGCCAAAAGAAGUUGAUUUUAGGAAUGUUUUCAAAGUUGACAAGCUACUGCUUGACGUAUCUGGAAAUGACUCGAACGAUGACAGCUACGACGAUGUUUCUCCUGAUGAGAUUUCCGAAUUGGAAGAUGAUUUAGCCAGUUUGCAACUCACGCCAAAACUCAUGACCAGAUCGAGAAAUGGCAGUCAAGUACAAUCUCAAGCACAUCAAUAUAGUGGCAAGAUUUUGGAUGAAGAGAUGGAUGAUUAUUCCAAUUCCGAUAAUGAGAUUUCUGAAUGGACAAGAUCAUCGUCGAUCAUAUCUGGGAUUGAAUCUUUUAAAUUGACAUUGACGGAUUCAAACUUGUUGGCUAGACGGAAAAGUUCACGAAAGGCAUCGGGUGUUGGGGCAACUACUGGUAUUGCGACACCGGUAAUUGAUGAACGUCAAGAGCAACAGGUUUCAUAA